CCAGUUUCCCGGCUCCGAUCUGAUGUCCGAGGCGCCCCAGACCCACAGCGCGCAUCCGCCCGCCCCGCCGCUCACGGCAGCAAGCACCCCCCUCCUCCCUCCCCAUCCCUCCCCAACCGCAUAGCCAGACCCCCCCCCACCACCACCACCACCACUCCCUGCAGCGUAACCCCACUUACUCGCCCCGGUCAUCCCCCGUAAGCGGCACUGUGAUGCCUCCGUCUCCACUGGACGGACGCCUUCUGGUGGCCGUCUCUUCGUACAGCGCCAUUAGCAGCUUCAUCAGCAUCACCAGCAGCGGCAGCGGGAGCGUGAUCACAAGCAGCAGCAACAGCAGCAGGACGAGCAGCAGCAGCAGCAGGACAAGCAACAGCAGCAGCAGGAAAAGCAGCAGCGUCAACAGCAGAACCGUGCUCACAUCUCAAACGCUGGCGACCCAGCAGCAGCUGAGAUUCAAGCGCACGUCUCGUCGUCGCAUCCUCGCGGUCCACUCGAACGCCGCUACAGCAGCGGCAGCAUCAAUAUCAGCAGCAACUCCAGAAGCAACAUCACUACUAACAGCAGCAGCAGCAGACAUUCGCCGGCAACUCCAGGAGCUUGGCGAUAGCUGUCCCACGCCAGGUGACGAGCAGCGCUCCAUCAACUCCACCAUCUUCUGCACCACCACCACAACCACCACCACCACCACGGUCCACUGCCAGGCGAGGCAGAUCAGCGUCAGCUACACGCGGUAUAUGCCCGCCACCAGGAGGGGAGGUCCCAUUCGCUCGCUGUCCUGUGGAUGCGGCGGCCCCAGCAGCUGUUGCGCCGGAGGCGGCAGCACCCCCAACGCGACGUCGUGCGUGGAGCGCUCAGCCAGUGCAGCCGUAGCUGUGGUACCGUCCGGACGCCCGGGGCUGGGAUUCCAUCAUCAUCACCACCACCACCAUCAGCAGCAGCAGCAGCAACUUCAACAGCAGCAGCAGCUGCAGCAGCAGCAGCAGGAUCACCACCAUCACCAUCGUCUCCAGCAUCAGCACCUGUUUCAACACCACCAGCAUCAGCAGCAGCUGCAGCAUCAGCAACAGCAGCAACACAAUCAUCUUCAUUAUCAUCAUCACCAUCAACAGCAGCAGCAGCAGCAGCAGCCGGGCGUUUUGGCCUUCUUGCCGUCCACGAGUGGACACUAUGGACCUGAGGGUGGUAGAGCAUUGGACCAGCAGCAGAUCAACAUCUGCCCGUCGUGCUCUCGCCUCCUACGGGACUCGCAGCAGCAGCAGCAACAGCAGCAUGGCAUCGGAGCCGCUCGAGUCGGGAGCUCGGUGGUCGGUGCCUCCAAAGGCUCGCUGUCUUCCAAGCUGGCGCAGGACGGCAAGGGCACCAGCAGCAGCAGCAGCAGCAACGCGAGCGGGGCCAUCUCCGACCAUCAGCCGCCGCUCGCCCACCGCAAUUCGUCCGCCUCGUCCGCGGCCGCGUCAUCGGCGUCUUCGGCUUCGUCGUCGUCGACGACCACCCCGACCAAGACGUCGUCGACAGUGUCCUCGUCCUCCUCCUCCUCCUCCUCUUCCCCCUCCUCCCAAGCGGAGCAGCCGGGAGCCUUGGCGGUGCGCACCAUCUGGCCGAACGAACUGGCCAAGAGAAUCGCGAGGGCCACGGCUUUGAACAGGCGGAGCCAUCACCAGCAGCAGCAGCAGCACCACCAUCAGCAGCAGCAGCAGCAGGAGAAGCGCCGAGCGGGAGCCAGGUGCUUCGAGCAGACGCGGGGCGACGACGACGACGGCGUCGAGGUCGGAGGAGCCGGGGGACCCGUGAUCAUCGACUGCAGGCCCUUCAUCGAGUUCAACAAGAGCCACAUCCGCGGCGCCGUGCACAUCAACUGCACGGACAAGAUCAGCAGGAGGCGGCUGCAGCAGGGCAAGAUCACGGUGCUGGACCUGCUGAGCGCGCGGGGCGGCGGUGGUGGUGGCGGUGGAGGAGGAGGAGGAGGCGCGCAAUUCGGCAAGGGGCGGGGAGACAUCGUGGUGUACGACGAGGCGACGAGCGAGCCAGCGUGCGUCCAGACCUCGCAGCCGCUCCACCUGGUGAUCGAGUCGCUCCGCAAGGAAGGCCGUGAUCCGCUCAUCCUCAAAGGAGGCCUCAGCAGCUUCCGGCAGCAGCACGAGAGCCUGUGCGCAAGCUUCCUUCAGCCCGUGGACGGUUCCGGCAGCGGUGGCGGAGCAGCGGGGCCCCCGCUGCCCCCGCUGCCCUCCACCCCGGACAUCGAAAACGCGGAAAUCUCCCCCAUCCUGCCCUUCCUCUUCCUCGGCAACGAGCAGGACGCCCAGGACCUGAGCAAGCUGCAGCGGCUGGGCAUCGGCCUGGUGCUGAACGUCACGGCGCACCUGCCCCUCUACCACUACGAGCGCGGCGGCCUGCACUACAAGCGCCUGCCAGCCAACGACAGCGACAAGCAGAACCUGCGCCAGUACUUCGAGGAGGCCUUCGAGUUUAUCGAGGACGCUCACCGCCGUGGCCAGGGCCUGCUGGUGCACUGCCAGGCCGGCGUGUCGCGCUCGGCCACCAUCGUCAUCGCGUACCUCAUGAAGCACACGCGCAUGACCAUGACGGACGCCUACAAGUUCGUCAAGGGGAAGCGGCCCAUCAUCUCGCCCAACCUCAACUUCAUGGGGCAGCUGCUGGAGUUCGAGGAGGACCUCAACAGCGGCGUGACCCCGCGCAUCCUCAAGCCCAAGCUCCCGGGCCUGGAGACCGUUGUCUGAGGCAGGUCCCGCCGAAGCUGCAAUGGCCGACGUUUCGCCACCCGUUGCCGCCACGCGGGCGAUGUCAUCGAGGGGAGGAAUGACCUUGAGUGUAGCUUGGCUGCACCAGCACUCUCCGGCUGAGUCUACGGGACCUGCACAGUGGCCAGCUACGUCUGAAGUCGUCGCUUUGUGCUAUUUGAGAAAUCAUCGUCGUUAACUUCAAUGUUAUCCCGGGCCCGUUCAUUCACUGUCACACGAAGCGAUAUCCAGUUGUGUCUUCUACACGUCUUCAAACCAAAGCCACUCAGUUUAAAGACGAUACUACGGUCUUGAAACCAUCUUCAGUGUGACAUUUAGAAAAUUUAUAUUUUUAAGUGUCGCGAUUCUCUUAUGACGAACGUCAACGUAAUCAACACAGCUUUAUUGACAUUUACUAUGAAAUAGGAACUUCGGCAACAUUUUACUGGCUUUUCUGCAAAGCCUGGAUUGUCAGCUUUUUUUUCAGACGUCCGUCGUGUGCCAUUCAAGAUUACCGUCGAUUCACACGCAUCACGUUGUCAAUUGUUUGAAUUGUGGCUUUUUUUUUGGUAGGUCUCUGUCAACUGCUCCAACAAGAGGGCACUUGAACUGGCGCAUGAAGCUUCACUCACCAACCGAGGAAGCAAAUUACGUUAAAAGCCCUCUUUAAAGUAAAAAUAAAACGAUUGUAACCAACGUUACAUUCGACAAUUUCUCAUUGCACAACAAUGUUAAUCAACUUUACAAUUCAAUUAAUUCAAUUUUUUUUAUAUAUAUUAACACGUGUAUCUACUAAAUAUGGUCCGAGCUGAGCAACCUCCAACAAUAAAUACGCAACAGCGCAAACACAGAAAUGGCUUCCCAGUGACGACAGCAAAGGAAAAAAAAACCCGAAGUGGACUAGCAUAUAUGGAAUUACACUUAAAUAUUAAAGGCCAUGCGAUGGCGAGGUAUUAAACUAGGUCAUGUCGACCACCUGUAGAAUCGCAAACGCUGCGGGUUUUUACUGCUCCACGCUGCAAGUCGGGUCACUUUUUGGCAUCCUCCUAAUGGAAUAAAAAAUUGCCUGCAAGCCCGACUCACAAGUUACACGAAAAUCCCUUCCCCCCCCCGCCCCGUCCGCUCCCCACGGCGGAGGCUUCGUGAGCGGAGCGGCAUUUUACUCAACCUUAGGAGAGUUUCCGGCAAAGUUAUGGAAGACAGAUGUGGAACGUCGCCGAUCGUUACGGCGGCUCGAGAAAUGUUGAUGGCACUAUUCAUUAACCCGUGCCGCGUCGGCAUCUUAUGUCUCUUGUGUCUGUUACGUGAUUCACGUCCGUUAUGCCACUGUUAUGUUACGUCUGUUAUGCCACUUUUGUCUCAGGCCCAAGUUGUGUGGCCACAUCCCGAACAUAAUUAAUCAUCAUAUUGGGUGAUGCUGACUUAGUUUAUGUUGCACUAUUACACGAUUGGUAUAUGAUAUUAUUAUUGUUUAAGUCGCAUAAUAACAGAAAACGUACCGAGGGUAUGUGAAGGUGUUUUUUGUUCAUUAGCAAACUCCGGCAUGAGUUGAAACUACAGUAAGAGAGAGCUGUUAUUGUGAAGCGUACAGUUGCAUUCAAAAUGCGAUGCAAAAAAACAGGCAACGAAGGUCAGAGAGAUAUUUUUUGUUGUUGUAAUUUUGCACAAAACGUGUCCAAGGAAGUUCGUGAAGUCGCGUGUCGCGUGACGUUAAAGAACGCGGCCACUUCGAUGUACCUUGCACAGGGUUUCGCGUGUAGCCGGGAAAGAGUUUGUCCUUCCUUCAUCACUUAUUUCGGCAUCGGUCAAUUCACAUUUAAAAUUGCCUCGUUUCGCGAUGGGUAAAUUGAUGGCGUCGUGGAAGUGGCCAAAAAGGAAGUCAAGCGGGGGAUUUUGUUUGCGUUGGGGCUGAUUGCCAGAAUCUCAUCCACACAGCCGCCAUCACCGCCAACGAACGGCAUUGAGCAUAAACAGAUGCACACUUUGGCCACGGUAUUGCCAAUACUGCCUGCGGUGGCGUCGCGGUAAGCGCGCUGCACUACGAACCCAGUGACCCGAGUUCGAUUUCCACUCACGGCCAACACCGGUGACGAUUAAUUAUCUGAAUCGAUCCCGGGCUUCCGCUAGGUUGACUCAGCCUCAAAUGAAUUCCUAGUGUGAUGUGUAAACAUCGCCACUUGGAAGAAAAGCUGAAGGCAAAGCUGGAGCUGGCCCCCCACCUGCUCGUGUGCAGUGCCAGCCGUAGUAAGUGCUCGCUAACAGCACUUGCCCCGACAGCCUGUUAAGGCAUGAGAUGAGAUGUCCGACAUUUCUCACCACGUGCUGGAAGCUUCUUCAGGAGCUGAAUACGAAGCUGCCCAGCGCGUGGAGCGAAACGCCGGACAUCAUUCUCCGAACGACACUCGGUAGCUUACCUGAAGAAUACAUCGGCAAGCGAUGCUGUAGUUCAUGUUUCUUCUCCAAGAGUCAUUUAUUCUUACAAGCCACAGCAGCCAAGUAAGCCUUGAUGAGUAUCUGAAGUGUCACGUCUCGACAGAUUGUAAGCAGGUCCAGACCACUGCCUUCGCAAAACAGUCAGCAGUGACAUUGCGCACUUUUAUUCCGAUAUUCAAAUUAAAUAUUAAUAUUUUUAUUUAAAGCAUUGCUUGUGGGGAAAAAAAACUGACGAAAUAAUUUGUAUUUAACUUUUCAACGAUUCAUGUACACCAUCCCUACUUCUACAUGCCUGGAAAGGUGUGCUGUUCUAACUCAUAACCUCUUUUGCACUACGCAACCGAACCAUACGGGCGCCGUGCCAAGCCAACCCAUUGCAGCUCAGGCAGAACGAAGUUAUUUUUUCCACUGCAUCCGAGCCAUGCCACUGAUCGUACGCACAAUAAACGAGUCAAGUCACAGGUAAAUUACGUGCUAAUUUCUUGUAUCCUCACUGUGUACUUAACUCUGCCCCUGGCUCUACUUGGCCCCAAGCCAGAUUCAGACAUCUUGUGAGCCCAGCGAGAUGUUAAUUACCUCACCUGGUAUGCAGGAGGCCAUGGGUUCGAUCCCGACCCUGAAGCCUGUAUAUUUGGAGUUUGCAUGUUUCCCCCCUUGGUAGCGUGAUUUUUUUCUCCGGGUCCUCCCAUUUUUCCCUCCAGAUAUAGAAACAUGCCUGUAGAGUAUUUGACUGCUCUAAAUUUACACACCAUAAGCCACUUCGCUUCUGGAAAAGAGCUUCAUAGCUCAGUGGGCCUUACCUGAUAAAUAAAAAAGUGUAAUUUAAAAAAUGGUUGAGUAUCAUGGUCUGAUUCCAGCUCGGCAUAGCAAAUAGCUAAAUGGAAAACAACCCAUAGAGUGAGGAUUCCAUGUUGGCUUGGCUCAGAUGUGCCAGUGGAAAAGGGGAACUGGAGCUCACGUGGCAGGGAAAGGAGGGCAUGUGAAGGUACCACGUAGCUCAUGGAGAUUAUACAUGUUUAACCACGAUGUUGAUGGCCCUGGGCACUUGAAAUAUUUUGUUUUGUGGAAAUGUGAAUUUAAAUCUCACGUCUGGACAUGCUUGCAGGAGUGAACACGAGACUUUACAGGGACGAGCAGAGGCUGUUUAUAUUUGGUAAGUGGACUAAGUGUUGGCAAAAGCCGAUAAAUCAGGUAUCCGAGCAGCGUGACUGAAACAGCUGCUGUUAGUAGACCUGAAAGCAUGCUAAGUGGGAAUGCGUCAAAUACUGUCUGGCGUACGAGCCGAUACCUGAGUGAAACGCAAAAGCACGUGAGCGAAGUUAAGAAUGUCUACGAUGAUAUUGCUGCUCAAAGAGUGAUUUUGGUUGUCGUGAAGCCGCCCUACCCCUACUUUCCCUACAUUAUUCUACUGCUGCACGCACACUCCCUCCCUUUCCACAGCCCUCACCACAACCCAAACCAGCCAAAGCCAACGGUCUGUGGCCGAUGGUAGUGGAAGAGGUGGAGCCGAUAGAUGAAUGAGCAGUGCCUGUAGAGGAAGGGGCGGGACCUAUAGAGGAAGAGGCCGGGCUUACGGAAGUUGAACUUGCCUGUUGAUUUCAGGUAAAAUCAUCGAAUGCAGGUAGCAACGCAUACCUUUAGUGCUGCAGAUGUGGCCAAAGGCCAACUCGUUUAAGUUAUUAUUAGUGCCAAAUUGUUAGAAAUAAAGUAGACGUGGAUAGCAUGACUUUUUUUAAGACAAAAACAAUGUCCAAUUAAAAAAACAUUUCAAUAUUUUAAAAUGCGUGUUUACUCCCAAUGUUUUCCCCCCGAAUUAUAUUCCAAUGGCGCUAUUAGCAUCGUGUCACAAGACGAAGACUUUUCCAUUUGUAACUCUGCAGCUGUAGCAGUGCAGCAAUAACUUGUGUAUCGGAGAAUUUGGAAAGCCGGCGUUUGCAGCAUGUUACUGCGGAGAUAUGUGUGCGGUUAUUAAAAAGAAAUAACGUAAACUCAAUGCCGUUCACUUGUCCCAUACACUGGGGUACAGGCAAUAAACUGAUGCGAGUUGGCAGGAUCAUAUUCCAGUGAAUGCCCAAAAGCAAUAGUAAUUCACCCACUUACUUCCCUCCCACCUUGCUACCAUGACUCACUCUUUUUUCUGUCAAUUCUAAAGCAUAACAAUCUCUAUUUCAAUAAAGAGCGAUCGUAACAGGCGAA